AUGGCUCCUUAUUCGAUAAUGGUCACAGGGGCCAAUCGAGGCAUCGGUCUCGGCCUAGUGAAGGAGUUUCUGAAAAACAAAGAAAUCUCCCAUGUAAUUGCAACUGCUCGUGAUCCAGACAGCGCCAAUCUAUUGAGGGAGAUAAGCGAUCCUCGGCUGAGCAUCGUGAAGUUGAACGUGACUUGCGACGACUCCAUCAGGAACGCUUACACGGAG